AUGCCAGCAAAGGGUCUCUUCGCCUCGCUAAGAGGCGUUGAUGCCUUUGGCAAGACGACAGACGAUGUUAAAGUCAAGACUCGUACCGGUGCAUUCCUAACCAUCUUGUCUGCGGCAAUUAUACUCGCAUUCACCAUGAUGGAAUUCUUGGACUAUCGUCAGGUGAAAAUUGACACGUCCGUAGUAGUCGAUAAGAGUAGAGGAGAGAAGCUGAACGUGAGGAUGAACGUGACGUUUCCCAGAGUACCAUGUUAUCUCCUCAGCCUGGAUGUGAUGGACAUUUCGGGGGAGAGUCAAGCCGACAUCACACACAACAUCCUCAAGACUCGACUGAACGAGAAAGGCAUACCCCUCCAAUCACUGGCUAAGAGUGCGGAAUUGCGCAACGAUCUGGACAAGAUCAAUGAACAGCGAGGAGAUAACUACUGUGGCUCGUGUUAUGGCGGGCAGGCUCCUCCAGGUGGUUGUUGUAACACAUGUGACCAAGUUCGACAGGCUUACAUCGACCGUGGCUGGAGCUUCACUCGCCCGGAUAGUAUUGAGCAAUGCACGAACGAGGGUUGGUCCGAAAAGCUAAAGGAGCAGGCAAGCGAAGGAUGCAACAUUGCUGGUAAAGUGCGAGUGAACAAGGUUAUAGGAAAUAUUCAACUUUCCCCUGGACGAUCAUUCCGGACGGCCGCGCAAAACAUGUACGAUCUUGUGCCAUACCUAAAGGAAGACAAGAAUCGUCAUGACUUUAGCCACACCAUCCACCAGUUCGCUUUCGAGAGUGACCAGGAGAAAGAACGACACAGAGCGCGAGACUUCCAGAAGCGCGUUGGCAUAGAGAGUCCACUGGAUAAUACCGAGAGAAAGACUUCAAAGCAGCAGUAUAUGUUCCAGUACUUCUUGAAGGUGGUCUCGACCCAUUUCGCCAUGCUGGAUAAUAAAGUGUAUAAAACUCAUCAGUAUAGCGCUACACAUUUUGAACGCGACUUGACCAAGGGACAACAAGAAGAUAAUAAGGAAGGCGUGCACAUAGCGCAUACAGCCACUGGUAUUCCUGGUGUAUUUAUCAAUUACGAUAUCUCGCCUAUGCUGAUCUUACACUCUGAGACACGGCAAUCAUUCGCACAUUUCUUAACAUCAACGUGUGCUAUAGUUGGCGGUGUGCUGACAGUCGCAUCCUUAAUCGAUAGUGUACUGUUCGCAACGACACGUGCAUUGAAGAAGUCGGGCGGGGGAGCCGGUCACGGGUAUACCAAUGGGAAACUGAUGUAA